GAAAUUGAAUGCAAACACAGUAUUAAUGAGCAAAAAGAGUGCUAUUUAUGGGGGAAUUGUUGUCAAGUGAUCGACGCAUACAUACAGUGACUGUAGGAGAGAGUGAUUGCAAUCAAAUGGUUAUCAUAUCGUAAACAAAGCGAUCGUUUGGUUUCAACGCUUGUCUGCAAUACUGUUUCAGUCAUUGAAAGAGUCACUCAUUUCUGUCGCAAAUCACUGAUCGAUACGUCGUUUUGUUGUUGUCUUUCAUUUGAGUGAACAAAACAAUCAGCAAAUAUGGUCUCCGGAGGAAUGUCUUGCGUUAAAUACCUGUUAUUCGCAUUCAAUCUGGUGUUUGUGAUCUUCGGUAUACUGUUGUUGUACUCGGGAUUCAAGACCAUCGCUAAGAUCGAUGACUAUCAUCUGGUUCUGGAGGACGCGCCGCACAACGUGGCCAUCGCUCUGGUUGUGGUGGGCUUUGCCAUCUUCGCCGUCGCAUUCCUCGGCUGUUGCGGUGCUAUCAAAGAGAACUCAUGUAUGCUUACAUCGUUCAGUUCAAUAAUUUUGGUGAUACUUCUGAUUGAGUUGAUUGGCGCCGGACUUAUCUUCGCAUUCAAAUCAAAGUUGAGGACAGCGGCCGAGAAGGGAAUUGAUGAGGCGAUUAAGAAGUACAACACCGUUGAGAACGGAUCCGAUAUUAAUAUUAUUUUGGACGACAUCCAGAAGAAUAUGAAGUGUUGCGGAGCCGCCAAUUACACCGAUUGGCUGGAGAACAAGAAUGUGACGGCUGAUCAUUACCCUGAUUCUUGUUGCGAAAACAAAACGGCUGUUGUAGUCCUCAACACCACUCCCGCUCCUUCUCUCUUGAACCCCACUCCCAUGACUUGUACCGCUCAGUUCAUACACAAAGAUGGAUGUAUCGGGAAAUUGGAGGAUGAGAUUCGCAGCUCUGUUGCCCUAUUGGGCGGAAUAGCGAUCGCUGUGGCAGUGAUUCAAUUGCUGGGAAUUAUCUUCGCGUGUUCUUUGAGCCGCAGUAUUAAGAAGGAGUACGAAGUGGUGUAAAAUGUGUUUAAAAUCGCUCUUUAUUUGCACUUUUAUUGUCUAUUUUUAAUCUCUAAUCGAGAGAAACUGCUGAAUAUUAAUGAGAUAUUGGAUUAUAUUUAAACAUUUUGAGUCAAUUGAAGUUCAAUUUAAGUUAUUAUUUAAUUAUUGAUUAAUAAUUUUUCCUAUAUUUGCAUAAAUCAUAUGAUUUGCAAUUUUUUCCUCAAUUCUGUAGUCACUUUCGUAACCACUGUUCGCGUCUUUAAAGCGACGUUAAGUCAAGUUUUUUUUAAUUAUAAUAAAUAUUAACAAUUUUAAUCAUUCAUUUGUAUUAAUAAUGUCGAGAAUUUUUAAUUAAAAUAUUUUCUAAAACUUAUCGACAGAUAAGUGUUUUUGAUUAGAGGGAUAGCGUUAAGCAUUACGUGAAUUUAAUGAUGUUUUUAUGUAUGAUUUGCAACAAUGAAUUACUAUUUAAAAGACAUAUAUUUUUAUAUAUUGUUUUGUUAUUUCUAUUCAAAAGCUUUUUAUUAUUUGGAAGUAAUUAUAAAAUACCGUUUGCUUAAGAGUGAGGUUAGGGUUUGUGAAGGGUUGUGUGAGGCAAAAGGACCUUGGUUCUAAUGUUCACUAGGAAAUUCUCGACAUUUACUAUAAUAAUUAUAUAAAUAUUAAUCGCAUAACUGUUUGAUUAUUUAAAGAGUGAUUUAUUAAUUAACUAUAAUUUUUCUAAUCCAUAAUUCUGUCAAUCAAUGCUUACAAUAUUACAAAAGGUUUUACAAAAAAACUUUUACUUUUAGAAUUUUCUAAAAGCUUUUACUAUUUGAAUACUAUUUGUAUAAAUUUUAAACCUUUUCUAUAUAAAGAACUAUUGUAUGAAUACAUUGUAUUGUAAAAUGAUUUUCAACCGAAAUACGAUAGUCUUCGUUGAGCACAAAAAUAUGAAACCAAUUCUUGACUAAUUCAGGAAUAAUGCGAUACUUAAUAUUAAUUUGAAU